AUGGCGCCUAAGGGUUCCCUUUCGACCCGGCUCAACCCGAUGCGUCUGAACACCAUCAACCACCUCCGUGUUCGCCGCCCGAAUCAGAAUGAGCAGAAUCCCUGCACUGCUGGGCCUCAUCCGGCUACGGCGCCGAGAGGCUGCGCUGCUCUGGAAGCCCAAUUGCGCAAGUGCAUGGACGCACCGAAAUCCCAGGAAAAGAAGAAGAACACCGUUAACUACCACCUGAUGAGGAUGUACCCCAAGGUCGUCGGCCCGCGCAAGAAGGAUGGUGUCCUGGGCUAA